UGUAACUGCAGAGCCAGCCAAUUCCGCUAGAGGGGGCGAACAAGACGUGAUGUCCAAUACAAAAUGGUUGGUUGACAGGUUGAACACGUAACCAGCACUUCUCGUUGGUCGAAAACCUUCACGUUGUGCCAGACUGUAGCUCUUUAUGAGAAAUUCUGACAACCCACUGAGAUUAUAGAUAACCAUGGAAGACGGAGAGGACGUCGCACUUGACUUUGGCAGCGAAGAUGAAGCCGUGAGGCGGAAAAGAGUUCGGCAUCCAGUGGCGUGUUUUUUCCACCUGUUUUUCCGAGUGCUGGCCAUAGUCACCUACCUGUUCUGUGGACUCUUCAGUAACAGUUUCGUCACCAGUUUUGUCAUCAUCGUCAUGAUGCUGUCUCUGGACUUCUGGACCGUCAAAAAUAUUACAGGUAGAUUACUGGUAGGCCUGCGGUGGUGGAACCAUGUCGAUGAGGACGGAAAGAGUCACUGGAUAUUUGAAGCCAGGAAAAAACCAGGCACCCUGCCCCCCACAGCUGCAGAGUCUCGAGUGUUCUGGCUGGGGCUCAUCAUCUGUCCCAUCAUAUGGAGCCUCUUCUUCUUCGGAACUCUGUUUGCUCUCAAGCUCAACUGGCUGGCUGUGGUGGUAGUUGGACUCUCCCUGAGUGCUGCAAACCUGUACGGCUACAUCAGGUGUAAAGUGGGUGGCAAGAAGAAACUGUCGUCAAUAGCAACCAACUUCCUGGGUCAGCAAAUUCUACAGAGGGCGACAGCUACAACACCUACUGAUGCUUAGCGGAAUUAAAGACGACAAAGAGAUUAUACAUCAACAGCCAAAUUUGGUUUAUAUAUGACAAUGGGGGAAGAGGUGGCAGUAGGUACAUGUACCAAAGACCUGUACAUGAGGGUCAGGUACAUAUUGUAGUGCAAAAUAUCUGUGCAAAGUGAUUUUUUUACUUGAUUAUAAUUAUUCAACUAGAUGCUGACUAGGGAAGAUACAACUUGUUGCAAGGGCUAGUACAGACAUUCCUGCACAUGGGAUCCAUGAAAGCAGGUAGAAAACUGUCUUUGUGGGAUGUGUCUUUAGCCUGUAUUCAACCAACCAGAAGAGUUUGAUACCUUCAAUUACUAUCAUGCUACACAACCUGGAUAGUUUGUCCAGGAAAACUUUGUGUUGUAGAUGGACUUUGUUUAUAGAAUUUGCAUGCUUUUGUAUCGUGACGUUAAGUUUCUAGAAAUUCGUAUUUAUUUAAAGCUUUAAGCCCUUCCAAAUGAACAAGGUUGUAUUGUACUUGCAACAUUUAAUUCCAGUGUAUGGGAUGUAUAUAUUUAUGUUACCAUGAUGUAAUAAUCUUAAGACAAUGGUUGAUUUAAGGUUUGAGAUCUGAAAGGUCGUUCUGAUGUACAUGAAUUCCUGGUCUGCCUUUCCUCUGUGUACAGAGAGAUUAAAUGUAAAAUUAAAAUUUCCCAGUUGGAAAGUAUUAGAGAGCUAUAAUUUGUGUAUAAGGGUAAUUGAUAUUUAUAAUGCAAUAAGAAUCAUACACUCCAGACUGUAUUGAAUAAAGUUAUGGUGUGAAGUAUGUUGA